UCCGGACCUUAUUGUCACCCGCUCAUUGGCCACCCCCAGCUCCUGUCCGAGUGGAAGCAGAAGUUUCAGGAGUCCCAGACGGAGCUCGAGUCCUCACAGAAGGAGGCCCGUUCGCUCAGCACCGAGCUCUUCAAGCUGAAGAACGCCUACGAGGAGUCGCUGGAGCACCUGGAGACCUUCAAGAGGGAGAACAAGAACCUGCAGGAGGAGAUCUCCGAUCUUACCGAGCAGCUUGGAGCCAGCGGCAAGAGCAUUCAUGAGCUCGAGAAGAUUCGGAAGCAGCUGGAGGCGGAGAAGAUGGAGCUGCAGGCGGCCCUUGAGGAGGCUGAGGCCUCUCUGGAGCACGAGGAAGGCAAGAUCCUCCGGGCCCAGCUGGAGUUCAACCAGAUCAAGGCCGACAUCGAGCGCAAGCUGGCCGAGAAGGACGAGGAGAUGGAGCAGGCCAAGCGGAACCACCUGCGGAUGGUGGACUCGCUCCAGACCUCGCUGGACGCCGAGACCCGCAGCCGCAACGAGGCGCUGAGGGUGAAGAAGAAGAUGGAGGGCGACCUCAACGAGAUGGAGAUCCAGCUGAGUCAUGCCAACCGCAUAGCAGCCGAGGCCCAGAAGCAAGUCAAAACUCUCCAGGGAUACCUCAAGGACACCCAGAUACAACUGGACGACGUCAUCCGAGCCAAUGAGGACCUGAAGGAAAACAUUGCUAUUGUAGAACGGAGGAACAACCUCUUGCAGUCAGAGCUGGAGGAGUUGCGUGCCGUGGUGGAGCAGACGGAAAGAGCGCGGAAACUGGCUGAACAGGAGUUGAUUGAAACCAGCGAAAGGGUCCAGCUCCUCCACUCACAGAACACCAGCCUUAUCAACCAGAAAAAGAAGAUGGAGUCCGACCUCUCCCAACUGCAGACAGAGGUGGAGGAAGCCGUUCAGGAGUGCAGGAACGCUGAAGAGAAGGCCAAGAAAGCCAUCACGGAUGCGGCCAUGAUGGCGGAGGAGCUGAAGAAGGAGCAGGACACCAGCGCCCACCUGGAGCGGAUGAAGAAGAACAUGGAGCAGACCAUCAAGGACCUGCAGAUGCGGCUGGACGAGGCCGAGCAGCUGGCCCUCAAGGGCGGCAAGAAGCAGCUCCAGAAGCUGGAGGCCCGGGUGCGGGAGCUUGAGAACGAGCUGGAGCUGGAGCAGAAGCGCAAUGCGGAGAACGUCAAGGGGAUGCGCAAGUGCGAGCGGCGCAUCAAGGAGCUCACCUACCAG